AUGGAUGAUUCGAAGGCAAAAGUGUUGGAAGAAGUUCAGCGCUUGAAGGGGCUUUUGCUGGAUGGAAGUGCAUCGAAAGAGACGGUAAUAUCGGCAUUGGACCAGCUCCAAAAGCUCGGAAGUUUGUCGACAAGAAUCCUGGGUGAAACAAUGGUGGGCCGAGCUGUCCACGACGUGGGGCGGGAUGCUGUGGAUCCCGAGAUCCGAAAAAGGGCUCGAAACCUCGAGGCCCUUUGGAGAAACGAAUACAAGAAGCGGAAGUCAACAACGGGCAUCGGAGACGAGCUGCUCCUGAAGCGGCGCUUGAGCUCCGAUGUCUCGGAGGCACAGACGGCCCUUUCACAAGAGCCAGCGGCCGACGACAACGCAGGCCCAGGCUGCCAAGGACCGGGACCAUCUCCAGCCGAUCCACCGGAGGCAAGCCGCCUCGACAGGGCAAGCUCGACAUUGUCUUCAUCCUCCCAGGCGGCAGACAAGAAAGACGAUGCCUACCGGGAAAAGGUCCGGGCGAAGCUGAUCGAUGCUUUGGGCAAGCAGGAAGAGAUCGAAGCCAAGGGCGGCGAGUCCCAAAAGACUUCGACGAUGCGGGACCCGAUCAAGCUCGCUGAAGAAAUCGAGGAGGAGCUCCACAAGGUCUGGCCCAACAAGAAAGAUGCCUACAUGAACCAGGCCCGGUCCAUACUCUUCAAUCUCAAGGACACCAAGAAUGCCACCUUCAGGUUCAAAGUUGUCGUUGGCUUCUUCCAGCCGGACCAGCUGCCCAAGCUGACGGCCGAGGACAUGGCCAGCGACGAAAAGAAUGCUGAGCGAGCCAAGCAGAGGCAGUAUGCUAUGGAAGCGCUGGACCAGGGUUGGGCGUUGAAGAACGGGCAGCAGCUGACCACCGGAAUGUUCACCUGUGGCAAAUGCAAGGCCUGCCCCCGAUGUCGGGCGACGGCCCGCUCCAAUGCAUCAUUGGACGCGUUCUAA